AUUAAUUUUUUUUUUAGGGUGGAGGGUAAAUUUAACGUUUUCCUUCUAUCUUAACACCACGACAGUAUAUAUGUACCAUUUGUUUAGAUCCAGUGAAAUUUUUACUUUGAUAUCCCCUCUUGGGAUCCUCUCUGUAUAGAUCCACAGAGAACCAAACCAGACAUCAGAAAUGGUUGGAGAAGUGGAAAAGAUGGUAACAGUAGGCCUUGUUUGGGGAGCAACAAAUGCCUUAAUGAGAAAAGGGGCAAUCAAAUGGGACAAAACAAUCAAAUCAUUACCAAAACCAAACACACCUCAACAUCCAAUUAUCACAACUCUCAAAAAUUGGUUCAAACUUGUUUGUAUAUGGCAAUAUAUGUUGCCAUUUAUACUAAAUCUAUCUGCAUCUGCUACAUUUUUUGCUAUACUAAGUGGUGAUACACCAAUUUCAUUAGCUGUUCCUGUUACUAAUGCAACAACUUUUGCUGCUACUGCUGUUUUUGGAUUGAUUCUUGGUGAAGAGACACGUGUUGGCUUGGCUCUUUUUGGUACUUUUCUUAUUGUUCUUGGUGUUUAUAUUUGUGUUAUGUAAUGUAAUUUUUAUUUUUGUUUGGAUAAAUGGAUCUGAUAGAUAUUGAAAGGAAGUUUGAUUUUUUUA